UUUUUUUCUUGUUUGGUUUGGUUUGGUUUGGUUAAAUGUUAGUUCAUGUUGUAGUUAUGAGGAUUGUUUUUAAUGAUAAAGCAGUGAGGACAGCAUUUGAUGGUUGUAAUGGUUCUAAAUAAUUUUGAUAUAGACGCUUAUUUUCUUCACUCUCAUGUCUGGAUGCAAACCCAGCUGUCCAAAAACAAUGUAUACAAAAUAUUUAAAUAACAGGAUUAUGUUAGACAUCAUUCAAAAGUGAAAAAGAGAUGCCCUGCUUUCAUCAGUUAUCACCUCAUUAUGUGCUAGGUGCAAGUGAGCUGUGGAGUCACACAUCAUGGAAGGGAACACAUUUCUCUUCACAGUAGUAUCAGGAUUGUGUUUUCUACCUGGGGGUUUUCCUCAUCACUACAUCCUGGUUGAAAAGGAAAAAACCUGGACUGAAGCUCAGAGCUACUGCAGGGAGAAGUACACCGACCUGGCCUCAUUACAUAAUGACCAAGACUUGGCCCAGCUCAUUGAACUUACAAGUAGUUAUCAUCAAGUCUGGAUAGGACUGUCACUGCACAAUGGCAACAGCUGGAGGUGGUCACUGAAAAUGGAGGGUUACUAUGGUGAAGGAGAAGCAGAGUUCAGGAACUGGAAGAGUGGUGAACCCAAUAACAUUGGGGGAUAUGAGAACUGUGUUGCAAUGGAUAAUGGAGGGACAUGGGCCGAUGAUAUUUGCAAUCAAACAAAGCCAUUUGUCUGCUACAGAGGUGGUCAGAUCAGAUUAACUGGGUCUGGGUCUACUCGGUGCUCUGGAAGAGUUGAAAUCUAUUACAAUAAUACCUGGGGAACAGUCUGUGAUGACAGCUGGGACUUAAAUGAUGCUAACGUGGUGUGCAGAGAGUUGGGCUGUGGUACAGCACUGGAUGCCCCUCAGUCAGCCCACUUUGGUGAAGGAACCGGACAAAUCUGGCUUGAUGAUGUGGCUUGUUCAGGAAGUGAAAGGUCUCUAACUGAGUGUCAGCAUGGAGGAUUUGGGACACACAACUGUAGACACAGUGAGGACGCUGGUGUGGUCUGUUCAGACUUCGUCUUUGUGAAUGAGUCCAAGACCUGGACUGAGGCCCAGAGCUACUGCAGGGAGCACUACACUGACCUGGCCAGUGUGAGGAACCAAACUGAGAACGAACAGAUAACUGGGGGCAGAGACCUGUGGAUCGGCCUCUACAGAGACUCAUGGAAAUGGUCGGAUGGGAGCGCACAUUCAUUCAGUAACUGGAAUACUGAUACAAAUCAACCAAAUGGUGGUUUACUUGAACCAUGUGUGACUUCGUAUUCUGGCAAAUGGGAGGAAUGGCCUUGCAGCACUCGUUGGUUCUUUGUCUGUUACGAUGUGCCAGUGAAGAAGCAGGUAGUGCGGGUGGUUCUGACUAAUACAGGCACCUCGAGGGACCUGGAACAGAUGGAGAAAGUCGUCUUACAGAAGAUUAACCAGAGACUGAAGGACCAUGGCGUGAGUGAAGACGUCAAGCUGAGAUGGGUGAGGCAGGCUGAUGGAAAGGUAUUCCACAAGGUCGAAGAAGAGGAAGAGGAGGAGGGCUGCACCACCAACUCAUGAGUUUAUUUUCCAUAAUUGCCUACAAUAGCUUUUCAUAUGAAAAUGAUUUAGUUUCAGUAGAGCUGUUGUUUUUGUUUGUUAUCUAGACUAUGUUCAGCCUACAUUUUUGACAUUAUACUACAUUUAAUUUCUGAACUAAAUUGAUGGUGUUUUUAAUGCAGUUUUGUUUCCAGGGUUUGCUGUUAUUUAAUACAUCUGUUUUCAGCUAGAGAUGUUUUUCUUCAUAGAAUGAAUGUGAGGUUGUUGUGUCCAUUUGUUGUUGGAAGAGUAUGAGGCAUGACUUGUUAAAAGAAAUUACGUUAUUAAAAUGAAUAUUUUGCCACA